UCGUACUAAAACCAAGGGGCAUAAAACUUCCAUCUUUGUUGGGAUAUGUUAACAAGAUCCUCAUAUUUCAAUGUCAUUAUUUAGUUUUUCUCAAGGUUAUCAAAGGAUUGAUUAAACACGGCCACAAAAAGGCGUUUGAGGCGCAUCGCGAUGUGUCCCACUUUAUACGGAAUUACAAUCCUCUAUGAAUUGUAAACAAGAAAUAAAUAAUAUGCUCAACAUUGCAUUUCUGUUACAACAAGCAUUAAAGAUUUCUUUUAAAGUAUUUUUUUUUGUUAAAAGCUUUCUAAACAUGCAUAACGAGCUUAAAAUAGGUCGAGGCGUCCCAGAUGAAGCGCCUGUGCUGCGUGUGUUAAGAAUGGGAUUAUUUUUCCCACGACACUACUUUUUAUGAAUGAGAGUUCUUUUGAGCAUCACAGGUAUUGUGUAGAACAAAAAAAGUGCCGCUUCCGCUGGAAAUACUAGCGUAGUAAUUAACAGGAGUACUUAAACAAUAGCGUGUCCCACAAUUAACCAUUGAUGCGCCCCAAGCGUCGACACGAUCAAUCGCCGGCAAUCUUGUACAAACAUCUCAUUUAAACUGUUUUUUGUGAUCUUUUGUGGAACAACAACCCAUCAGGUACGUAGAUAUUUCAUUAUUCUACUGAAAUUUAAGCUUAUUACGAAUAAGUUUGAUUGCAAUAUCCUAAUCGAAGUGCUUUUUUUAGAACGAGGUUACUAGAUUUAGCCAUUCAAUCAUGACGUCACGUGAAGCGUCUUGAAUACAAUUUAGUCUUAAAUCGUAAAGUUAAUCAAUUUUAAAGCCUGUUACUAAACAAAAAGUUUAUAUUUCCUAAACAAUUAUGUUGAUGUAAUAGUAGACGUGUGAAAGAAUUUAAAAUAAUCUACAUUUUUUUAUUUUGAGAAGUAAAUUGGGUUAGGCAUUGAGGCGUUCCAUGGGACCCCGUGUUGGUGUUUUCCAUGCAUAAAUUAUGACGUCACGUGUAGCGUCUAGUACGAGUUCAGGGUAUAUUAAGUUUUCUUUAUUCAUGGAAAGUUUCAAUCAAGAUUAAAUGAUUUUUAUGUAUGUAAUAAAAUAUUUUCAUAAUUAAUAAUUUUAAAUGAACAUUUUUUGAUAUAUUUCAAUAUAUAUUUUUUUGAAAUUUUACUUAUCAUCGUUUGGGGCGUUUCAGUGGACAACACUUCGUUUGUUUACAAAUGGUGUCCUAGUUUGCGUCUGUUAAGUCCAAAUAGAUUUUAGUGAUAUUUUGUUAAAGAUUUUACAGUAUCAGAUAAUAUUAGCUACAUUAAAUAAAUAAAACGAUAGUGUUUAAGAAAUAUUAAAUAAUUAAAAAUUUGUACUUAAUACUGUAAAGAAUAUUUAGAUCUAAUUGAUUUUCCGUUUGAGGCGCAUCUCGGACACUUGUCUUUAAAACUUAAUCUAGUCUAGAUCUAGACCUAAUGAUCUAGACCUAAUUAUAUUUCAGUAAUGGAGCUAUCUGUUAGAGUUUCAAAGCGUUUACAAGCCAAGAAAGACUCUCUAAAUAUACAAGCAUCAGAGCCUGAGUCAUUUCUAAAUGUACUAGUACCAGAGCCUGUGUCGCUAAAAAAUGUCACUCAAAAUAAUGUUUCUGGGUUGACACCUAGUGCUAUAAGGUAUAGAAGACACAGGGAAAAACUACAAGCUGAUCCAGAAAAAUUUGCUGCUUUCAAGGAAAAGGAUAGAAAACGAAGUGUGCUUUACAGACAAAAUAUUACACCAGAAAAGAGAGAAAGAGCUCGACUUUUAAGUAAUUUAAGAACACAAAAAUGCAGACAAAAAAAGAAAGAACUAGGUCUCCCUCUUAAUGAAAAAAAAGUAAAACCUGAAACACGUGCUGCUGUUUUAGAGCGAAGAGAAAAAGAGAGGUUGAGAAAAGCUGCAUACAGGGCCAAGUUAAGCCCACAUGAAAAAGCCUGGAUAAACAGAAAACGCAAAGAAAGAAAACAGCAAGCUAAUAGUCCACAAGCUAAUAGUCCCCUUUGUGUCAACUCUGCAGAGGUUGGCGAAUCACUUGGUACUGGAUUCCAGACUCCAGUGGCAAAAAGAAUGGCUGUUUCAAGGGCUUUGAUGAAAUUACCUAGAUCACCUAAGAAAUAUGCUGCAGUUGUUGAAGGUCUCUCACAAAUACGCUCCCCAAGAAGAAGUAAAGCUCUCCAAGACAUAGGCUUUCUGCGUCUACCUGAGAGAAGAAAGCUCAUCUUUCUAAACAACAUUAAUGAAAGCAUCAAAACCUAUCUACACUCUACCAGCAAAAAAAGGAGUCAGAUGUCUAAUGCUCGCAGACAAGUACUCUGCAACAUCCUUACUAAGUAUAACAAAUUCAGAGGUUGUGCUACUCAUUUCAAACAUUUUGGUUUUUCAAGAAGUUUUAUGUCCAAGUGCAAAUCACAAAACAUAGCAAGAAAAAAACGAAGUGAUUGCAUUACACAAAAUGCCUUGGAAAAAAUUCACAACUUUUACAGCAGAGAGGAUGUCUCAAGAACUGAUCCAUCUCAAUCAUCUGUGAGUGCACGAACUGGAAAACCUAAACGCUUCAUGCAGAAAACGCUGAAGGAGGCAUAUACUCAAUUGAGUACUCAUGCACCCACAUUAAAGGUAUCGUUCUCAAAGUUUGCUAAAUUGAAACCAUUUAUGACAAAAGCUACUCAACAUAAUAAGAUGCAGUCUUGCUUAUGUGAGUUCUGUAUGAAGAUUUUUCUUUAUAUGGAGGGCAUUAAUAAGUUUCUAAUCAAAAAAGGACACAGAGAGCUGACAUUAAAAAAUCCAGCUUCAUCACUUGACUUAACUCUAUGCCCAAGAACUAAUGCCAAUUGUUUUCAUAAGCUGCAGUGCAUUGAAAGAUCAUGUAGCAACUGUGGUGUGGAUUUAAUUAACAAGUAUUUUGAGCCUUUAAAAAAUUGCAUGGAUGAAUUAGCAGAAUGGAGCAUCUGGUCAAAGAUGACAGAUGAGUAUGUUCAGAGUGAUGGUACACUGCGAAAGGUAAUAAAGUGGCGACCAGUAAAUAAAGAAGGCCCUUUCAAUGACCUAGUAACAUCAAUGCAGAAAGAUUUGGAAAAAUUCAGCCUUCAUCUUUUUACAGCUAACUGGCAACAGCAGCAGUUUGCAGAUUUGAAACAAGAUUUACCAUGUGACUGGCUUUUGCUAGUUUCUGAUUUUGGUCAAAAUUUCACAUGCCACCACCAGGAUGAAAUCCAAGGUGCACACUGGGCUCGAACAGAGGUCACUAUUCACCCAGUAGUGAGCUACUACAGAGACAAAGAUUUGAUAGUCAAAGAAAGCAUGGUUUUUUUAUCAAAUGACCUAAAACAUGAUGGCCAUGCAUCACAACACUUUCAAAUGAAAGUGAUUUAUGAGUUAGCUAAUCGUGGUCAUGCUUUCACUAAAGUUAUCAGUUUUAGUGAUGGAUGUGCAGCACAGUACAAAGGAAAAUUAAAUUUUGUAGACUUAUCUUUCUCAAAGGAAGAUACAAAUGUGUCCAUAGAGAGGCACUAUUUCGGUAGUCGCCAUGGAAAAGGGCCAUGCGAUGCUGAAAUAGGUGUUAAAAAAAAUGCUACAUUGGCCAUUAAAAGAAGAAUGGCCAUUAUUUCUGAUGCAAAGGGGCUAUUCCUUUGGGCAAAAGAAUACAUGACAAAGGCAGAGCCUACAAGUAAAAGAACAUUUUUCCUUGUGGAACAAGGAGAAAUCAAUCGAGACAGGCCUGACAGGUCCAACGAAAAGAUUCGAAGCCUUCAGGGAUCGAGGUCAGUCCAUGCAGUGAGAGGUAUUACACCUUACAAUAUUGCCUACAGAAAAAGAAGCUGUUUCUGCUUUCCUUGCAGAAAUUCAGAUGGCAGUCAGUGCCUGCAUGAUGAAAUAUGUGGAUCUUGGAAUAUGUUCAAACUUCAGAAACAGAAUGUGGUGCAAUCUCAAUCAAAUCUUGAAUCCUCUUUGGAUGUCAGUCCCAUAUGCUCAAAUUCAAAGGCCCAAACAUUGUCCUCCACAAAUCAAAAGUACAUUGUAAAUAGCUGUGUGAUUGUCAAGUAUGGGGAAAUAUUCUAUCCAGGAGUUGUGACAGAAGUCCUGGAUGAUCAGCGCAGAAUAAAUUUUUUAAAAAGGCACAGAAAUAAAAGAGAUAUAUUUGUAUACCCAGAAGUGCAGGACAUACAAUUAGUGUAUGCAGACAUGAUUGUUACUGAAGUGAUGUUGAUACCAAAUGGCAAUAGUUUGAGAGAGUGGAGAGUGGAAGGUUUUGAUUUCUGAAUAAAAUUUGUGUACAGUUUUAA